AUGUUCGGUAUUUUAAAUCAUGUAAACAACGCAACAUCUCCAACAAGAAUUACACAAACAGCAAUUCCAAUUAAAUAUGAAAUAAAAGAUAUUUUAUUUGAUUCAGAUGAAGAAAAAUAUGAAUGUAUUAUUUGUAGUUUAGAAUUAUUUAUUGGAAGUGAACCAAAAGCUCUUCAAUGCAAAGAAGGUCAUUUAGCUUGUAGAAGUUGUUGGGAAAGAUAUUUAAGUACAAAUAAAAAGUGUAUGACUUGUAAAACACCAAUUUCUUCUAUUUCAGAAUUAUCAAGAAAUAGAUUUUUGGAAAAUGAAUAUUCUAAUUGGUUAAAAGACAGAUUGGUUUUUUGUCCAAAUUCAAACGAAAAUGUAUUUAGACUCAACAUGUUGGGUUUACCUGCUAUUAAUAAUAGCAAUCAAACAUUACAUCAAGAUCUAUGUAAUCAUGGUGUAAUGAAAUUUAGUGAAUUAGAGAAUCAUUAUAAAGUUUGUGAAUCAAGAAUAUUGCAAUGUGAUUUAUGUUUAAUUAAGUUUUUUAGUAAGGAUUCAGACAAACAUCAAAAUGAAUGUUCAAAAGUAUAUUCAAAAUGUGUAUAUUGUAAUAGUAAUAUUCAAAGAUCGUCAUUAUCUGAUCAUCAUAAAACACAUUGCACAAAAUAUUUAAUAGAAUGCUCUCAUUGUAAAAUUAUGAUUAAAAGAGAUACAAAAACUAAACAUAUAAAUGAUGAUUGUCUGAUAUUAAUAUUAUUUGUCAAGAAUUUUUAUGUGGAAAACUUUUUCCUAGAUCAAAAAUGA